AUCUGCGAGCCUUGCCAAGAUUCGACUCCACUUCAAGUUGACAAGGCUAACUGACGAAGGCCAUCGAUGGAAAGGCUCUUGUAGUAUAUCUAGGAUCAUCAUCCGCGCACUGAGUUGCUUGCUAAUAAAGUGGUUACACCGUCAAUAUACACCCGUACCAUGUCUGUCGAAGAUAUCCCUCAGUUUCUGCUGCUCUGCCGGGAGGAAGAGUCGAUCACCGCCUUCCGAGCGGCGCUGGCCCAGCAAUGGCCCGCCCAUGAGACGGAGCCCAAAGUCCAGAUCAGCAUUGUGAAUCAAUCCCUGCGUGAUGUACCUCCCACGACGCAAUUCGACCUCAUCGUCUCGCCUGCCAACUCCUAUGCUCUGCUCGAUGGUGCCUUCGACGAUGCUAUCACGCGCAAAUUCUGCCUGCCCCACCAUCCUUACGAGACUCUGACGCGAGCGGCGCAGCAGGUCCUCUACGAUCGCUGGCGCGGAUACGUGCCCCCCGGAACGUGCACGCUGGUGCCCUUCCCCGAGUCCUUGGCCACCAACGACUGGGGAUGUCGCUGGGUGGCCCUCUGCCCGACGAUGCGCAUGCCGGACAAGGUGAGCUGGGAUCGAGAGGUGGUGUACGAAUGUAUCUGGAGUCUGCUGGGGCAGAUUGAAGGGUGGAAUCGGGGGCGUGCGACGGGUCGCAUUGAGCGGAUCCUGAUCCCUCCGCUGGCCACGGGAAUAGGGAAGGUCAGUCCGCAGCGCUGGGCCGCCCAGAUGGUAUUGGCGUUAAGACAUUUUGUGGAUGCGUUGGAGCGACCGGCGCACUGGAGCAAGAUGAAUUGGCUGGAUGCGGCGGAUCAUCAUCGUGAUAUUCUCCCCACGUGGAAUAUGUGAUGGCGUGAGAGCGGGGGAGUUCUAGAUUUCUUUUUUAGUUGUGUCGUUAUCGACUCUCCGAUCUAGAUCCACCAUGACUACAAUUCUACCUCAUCCUUUA